AGCAUUCCGCCGGUACAGACGCUGGCUCCUGGCAUUCGGCUACGAACUGGAUUUUCUCAAAUCUGGAUCCGGAGUCACUUUACGCGGCUAUUUCAGCUCAUUUCAUCCUGUCAGACGGCAAACCGGUGUAAAAUAUGUGUGAAAUUUGAAUUAUAUUUCGGGUAGACCAACAUUUAUCGCUUUGUUUGUAUAUUGGCAAAGCCAUUUUGUUGGGUUUAAAGAUUGCUGUACAAAUGUCAUUGUCGGUUCGAGAAUGUUUGGCUGUUCCGUCUUUUUGUGCUUUCUCGUGAGUUUAGCUGGGACAGUCAGGAAAACAAACAGAUCGAACGAAGAAAGAUCGAAAACCGGUCGGUUGAAGAGGUUAUUUGGCGGGGAAUGACUCGCUUUCAUGCAUUCCUUAAUCGGUGCUUGUUGCUUUUCCUACACAUAUUCGUACUUUCGAAUAUCAUUCGUUUUGAACCGUGGUAGCAGCAGAGUAUAGUCUAUCCGCUUCGGUGUUGUGUUUUAAUGUCCGUGUUUACAGUAUCAAUUUUAGCUAAUUCGACGUCUAUCGAUAGAUAUUUACCACUUCAAAUUCGGUGUUAAACAUUUACCGCUAUGCAUACGAGGCGUUUGGUAAAGCGUUCGAUCCUGGGGAGCCGGGUGUUUACGCCGAGUCCGACAGGGGACGGGGCUCCGUUGACAGGACUUGUACAGGCUGUCAAGCAGCAGGAAAACAGAGACGUUUCAACCGGACCCCGGCGUAAUGUCUACAUGGUGUUAAUGCAAGACGGAAGCCUGAAAGAAUUCUCAGAGGAAGAGAUAGCGGUGGGCUUCAACCAAACGACGGCGAAAGGACCGCUCAGAUCGAGCUUGAAGCAGAGCGUCUGGAACGGCCGGGGGAACGGGGCUCCUCUGCAGAGCCAGACCAUGGAGGCCCAGAAGGGGGAGGCCAACUCCCUGAGCCCAGAGGCGUUGAAGGGGGAGCGGGGAGCAGACGGUAGGAGGACGGGGCGCCCCCUUGAGGGUCCAGAGAGGGACCACACCCGCUCUGUCUCCCUGCUGGAGCAGAAACGCAAGGUGGUGUCAUCCAGCAUCGAUGUGCCCAAAGUCAGGAAGUCAGAGGAGGAAGUGGACAUGGAGAAGGUGACAGCUGCCAUGGUUCUGACCAGUCUGUCCAGCAGUCCGCUGGUCAGGAGUCCUCCCGUCAAAGUCAGUGGUGAGUCAACCAAACAUGUUUCUAUGUAUUUAUCCUUUUAUACAGGUGAGCACGCUGAGAUGAAGAAUCUCUGUUACGAGGGAGUUUUGUCCCUAGACGGCAACAAUCCAACAUUUGAUAGAGCAAACAGUUGCUGAGAGGUGGUCAUAGUA